ACUUGUUAGACCGGCUUUUUUUUUUUUUUUUUGUAAGGUUUAUAAGUGUCGAUUGUAGACACAGGGCCCUCGCUAAUGAUACGGGCGACCCUGUGUCCGCGGUGACGUUUACGAAGGGUUUUCGUGAUUUAUGCGAUGCCGGGUCCGGCAUCACCAUCAGACAGAACAAUGGUGAUGCUCAUUUUUAAAGACCCGGCGUUGUUGAUGUGUUCUAGCUUUGAUAGAACCAUGGUCCCCGCAUUGGUUACGGGCGACCAUGGUUCCUGGUUGAUAUUUGUUUGGUUAAGUUAGAUGUUGCGAUUUAUUUUUGAUUUUUGAUGGUGAAAGUUGUUAUAAUGAAUGUGAGUUUUAGUUUGGUUUGGUUGGUUUGUAAUGUUUGGUUUGAUUUGUUUGUUGGAUAGAGAAUAGUUGUUUUUUAAUUUCUUGUAAUUGGUUGUGGUUGGAGGGACCGCAGUAGAGAUAGAUAGAUAAAGCCACUCAACAGACGCUGCUGCCCGUCCGCCGGUUUUCCCUUAGUCGCCUUUUACGACACCCACGGGACGAGAUGGGGUGGUGCUAUUCUAACGCCGGCACCACACGGCGUGUUAGACCGGCUAUAGUUCCUCCAAUUAGGGGGAGAGGUUUAGAAUCCUACUUACUUAUUUAUUCAAGCUUUUUAAAGUCAAUUUUGUUAUGGGUUAACAUAAUUUGCCUAUGUACAUAAAUAUUUAUAGAACGUAGUGAUUAUAUGCUCUUUGUUGGUGACGAGAUGUUGACGAGGGAUGCAGUCAUGUAGGCGGAAGGAGGCCUUCUCGUUGAUACAUAGCAAUAGGGACCGUGCGCGUUGGAGGGUCUGCCAUCUUUUGGCCUGAAUCGGAACAAUAAACAUGUAAAUUUACACGUCACGUGUUUUCUUGUGCAUAGUAGGUUCUGCCAUCUUGUGGGCUACAUCGGAACAAAAAACAUCACAUUUACGCCUCGCGCCAAAAAUCUGACGGCUCCUGUGCUGCCUCCUACAGUUCAUGCACGCUCCCUAUAGCAGGGUAAUAGCAGAACGUGCCCCAUGACCGCAUAUUAUCUGUCAGUGUCAAGUUCAAACGUCAAAUGCUAAUGAAAUUCUUCGAGGGGAUACAGGUGGAAAUAUGAAGGAAUGGGUGAAUAUAAUGGCACGAAAUUUUACAUUUCCACACAUCAAGGUGAUGUUCCCAACGGCUCCACUGCAACCUUACACUCCCAAUGGAGGUGCCAUGAGCAAUGUUUGGUUCGACCGUGCUAAUAUAUCUAUUGAUGCUCCUGAAAAACUUGAUUCAAUAUCUAGAAUUGAGUUAGAAGUUAAGGAUCUCAUUCAAAGUGAAAAUAAAUUAGGAAUACCUAGCAACAGAAUAAUUAUAGGUGGAUUUUCAAUGGGUGGCUCACUGUCAUUCCAUGCGGCUUAUAGGUGGGACAGGAAUAUUGCCGGAGCCUUUGUGUUCAGCUCUUUCCUCAAUAAUGGCUCAGUAGUGUACCAAGAGCUAAAAAAUGCAUCCAGCACUUCAUUACCACCUCUGCUACAGUGCCACGGUGACAACGACGACGUGGUGCCACUGGAGUGGGGCCAAACUACGUUCAACGAAUUGAAAACACUUGGAGCUCCCAUCCAGUUCCACGUAUUAGAGAGGCUGGGACAUCAAAUCAAUAAACGGGGACUUAAUCUCAUAAGGGAUUUUGUUGAGAAACAUCUGCCUGAUGCCUGAUCUGAUAGUGAUAUCAUAUAAUGAACAUUUUUUAAGCAUUUUUACAAACUAGAUAUUCGGUGCAUGACUAGAAAAAUACCAAUGAACUUUUAAAACAAGUACGUACCUACUGGAUUCUGAGACGGUUAAACCAAAUACUUGUAGAUAUUAAAAUAUUGAAAACAA